CAACACGUCACCGUCACUCUCAUCACUUCCGCUUUGAAAACAAAAUGGGUGGCGCCAAAGCUCAACAACAAAGCGGCAGUUUGCGUCAACGGCGAUUCCUGAUGACGUCAUGGCGACUAAGACUGAACAACUUCUGAUUGUUGUGUCUAUUCUGGAAGGUCGUCACUUCCCGAAGACUCCUCGUCUUAGCCUUGUGGUUCAGGCGAGCUUUGAUGGAGAGCAGCUCGCCACAGACCCGGUGGAGCACAGGGAGAAGCCGCAGUUCAGCACCGAGCUGGCGUGGGAGCUGGACCGCAGGACGCUGCACCAACACAGACUUCAGAAAACUCCCAUCAAGCUUCAGUGUUUCACUGUCGACUCCGUCAGCAAGACAAGAGAGGGCGUCGGCUACAUCGUCCUGGACCUGCGCUCGGUUCAGGAGGUCAAACAGGAGCCUCGCUGGUAUCCACUGCUGUCCAGUAAAUACGCCAAGCAGAGGCCAGCGCUCCUCCUCGCCGUGCUGCUGGAGCACGACGCCAAGUCCUCAGAGCCGUCUCCUGAUAGGUUCAAAGCCAGGAAGGCCCCGCCCCGACAAGGUUCUCCUGCAGCAGCUGAGCUGCUUCCAGACAAACUGGAGGCUGAGCUGAUCUCAGACCAGGGUUUCCACCAGGUCGGACCCGCAGGUCACUGCAGCGACAUGUUCGUCCUGUCCGUCACCGUGGCCUUCGCCACUAAACUGGAACAGUUGAUCCCCAGCACGAUGAAACUUUCAGCAGGGGGGUCAGAGUUCUUCUUCUACUACUCUUUACUGGGCAACGACAUCACCAGCGAGCCGUUCCACAACCUGCUGAGCCCCGACUUCGAGCCGGAGCGCGCCUCAGUGCGCAUCCGCAGCAGCAAACAGGUCCUUCAGACCUUCCUGUCCCAGCAGCCCAGUUUACAGAUCCACCUGUGCUGUGGGAAUCACUCUCUGGGCAGCACCGACGUGUCUCUCUCAGCUCUGGCUGCAGUUUCUGUGGACCUGGAGAACAAGGGAGCGACGAUGGAGGGAGCGUUUGUGCUCAAACCUCCGAAACGCAUCAAAGAGACACUGCCUGCACUUCCUGCCGACCUGCAGCCGACCGUGGGCGUGGCCGUUACUCUGAGGAGAGAGGAGGCGACACCACAGACUUUAGGAAAUAAAGAAGGAAGUGGAGCUCGGACAAAGUUCAUCCCUCCUCCCUCAGUUCCUCCUGUUGAACAGAGACCUCGAAGCUCCUCUCCAGUCAGAAAACCUCCCGACUCUCCUCCCCCCGGCCCUCCUCUUCCUCCUGCUUCCUCCCAUACAGAGAGCGAGGCGGAGAGUCUGCUGGUGGAGCUUCAACGAGGCAGAGAACAGACGAGAGCGACCGCUGCAGAUGCAGAUGUUCCCGUGCAGCUGCAGAGUCGGACCGAAGCCACAGCCGAGGGCGGAGCCUCGUCUGUCAGCGUGUCUGCUCCCAAAGUGUCCAUCCCCUCCUCCGCCCAUCACUACUGCUUCUCUCUGGACCUGCAAAGCCUGAGAGGCCUCAGCCUCAUUCACCCCAUCGCUGCUACGCUCAGAUACUCGUAUCAGUUCUUCGGCAGCGCAGCUCCCAUAAUGACCAGCCCCCCUGUGGAGCUGCAGAGGAACAUGGAGGUGUCGCUGCCUCAGUCUUACUGCGCCUUCGACUUUGCUGCUUUACCGCAGCAGCUGGAGGACACGUUUCUCAGAGUUCCUCUGGUGGUGGAGCUUUGGCACAAGGACCCGUCCAGCAGAGACCAGCUGAUUGGACAAGCCUCCGUCCAGCUGUCCCACCUGCUGAGCUCUGACAGGAGCAGACUCCAGACGACGACUGGAGAUCAGAGCUGGAGACAAACUCACCAGGACCGAGUCCCUGUGGUGAAAACACACCGGCCCUCGGAGAAGGUGGCAGAGUUGAGCUACCUGGCGACUCUUGAAGACCUGGGACUGGUCAAAGCCAGAGAGGUCAUCGUGUCCGACUCCUCUCAGAUUGAAGCCCCGACACGACCACCCUCCCACCCUGCAGCCCCCAGCCUGCCCCACGCCCCGCAGGGCCCCACGGCCCCCACGGCCCCCACGGCCCCCAGAGACACCCUGGAGUACCGCACGGCCCUGGAGCUGGAGCUGUGGAAGGAGGAGCAGGAGGAUCUGUUCGAUGAUCAGUUGAAGAAGAAGGAGCUGAGCCACAUGCAGGCGCUGGCAGAGGAGUGGAGGAGGAGGGACAGAGAGAGAGAAGCUCUGGUCAAGAAGAAGGAGGUGGAGUUUAAUCUGCUGGAGGAGCAGCUCCAGAAAACUCUGUGUGAUUUGGAGAAAAGAGAGAAACAGUUGUCGGAGGCCGAACUCCAGACUCAGCGGCUGCAGAGGGACCUGCGAGCGGAACACGAGCUGACCCAGAGGGAGCUGCAGGAGAGCGGCCGGAGGCUGCAGCAGGACUGUGACCACCGGGUGGCGCUGGAGCGAGACAAAGUGCGGCUGAUGGAGGAGGAGAGAGGGCGGCUGCUGCAGCAGAUUUCAGAUGCUGAGGCUCGGUACAAACAGCUGGAGAAAGAAUCCCAGCUCUACAGAGAACAACAGAACAUGAGGCCUGAGUUCAGGCUCCAGUCAGACGUCAACCUGCUGACGCUCGAGAAGGUGGAACUGGAGAGGAAGCUGGAGUCCACCACCAAGUCCAAGCUUCACUACAAGCAGCAGUGGGGUCGCGCCUUGAAAGAACUGGCCCGGUUCAAACAGCGCGAGCAGGAAAACGCCAUGACGCGUCUGAAGAAGCAGCAGGCGGAGCUGGAGGCCAUGAGGCAGCGUUACCUAGCAACCGAGGAGAAGGAGGUGAUCCGACAGGACAGACAGGAGCUGGACGACAUCAGGAACGAGAUCAACAGGUUGAAGCAGCAGGAGGACGGAUUAGGCCCCGCCUCCUCCCUGUCGGGCCCCGCCCUGAACGAGAGCGCAGACGAGCACCUGAGUCGCCUGUUGGAGGAGAGGGACACUCUGCUGAGGACGGGCGUCUACACCCACGAGGACAGAAUCAUCACGGAGCUCAACAGACAGAUACAGGACGCCAUGAGGGAGCGGGGGAACCUCUGACCGCCGCUGGGGCGUCCAAUCAGAGGCAGCGUCACCUGAGAGCACAGGUUUUUAUUUAUUUUCGUGUGAAGAAAAGAAAGUGAAGCUUCUUCAACUCGACGUUACAGAUCGUUACAGAAACAUGAAUCUAAGUAACUUAUUUAAUCUGAAGCGUCAAAACAACUAUUUAUGAAAUUUAUUGAAACUAUUUCUCAGCAUUUGUGUAGAAAAUAAUCGAGUGAGAUGAAAUAUGUUAAUUUGUGAAUUUCAUCCAUCUCUCUGUUUCCAGAUUGAUUCAUUCAUAACUAAUGUAAAAGCAAAUAAAAAAACAAACUACUCGAGAGCAUUGAAACAAAACGUUAACUUUAAAUAAAUGAAUUAAACAAUUAAAAAUUAAGACUAAAUUUUUUUUUCUUUGAAUCAUUUCAGUUAAAUAAAAUCAAAACCUUUUUUUUUUCUUGGCACGUUAAGAAUUAAAACAUUUUUCAAAUGCAGCGUUUUCAUUUCUCUUCAUGUUUCUUUGAGAGGAAACUUUAUUUUCAUUUUACACUUUAUUUUGUUUAUUUAACUGAAAUAUUGAAAUAUUCAGCUGAUAAAUAUUUGCUACAUUCAUUUAGUUUCAUGAGUUCCACAAAAACUACAAAUGAGUUGUUUAUUUGAAGUGAAAAUGCUGAAAUCUUCAGGUUCUAACGUCUCAUUCAUCGACGUUUAUAGUUUUUCAUGUUCUUGAACAAAAUAUAAAAUUGAAACAGAUGUUUUUUCAGUUUUAUUAUAUUUCAUGGACCAAACAAUUGAAAUAUUGAUUUAUAAACAAAUUGAGUGAAGUGAACGUGAGAUAAAUCAGCUGGAGUCAAAUUUACUGGAUUAUCAAAAUAAUCAACUUCAAGAAACAUUCAAAUAACUUUGAGGAUUAAUAUCUGAACGGUUUCUGAUUCAUAUUCUGUGAAUCUAUUCAAAUCUGUGUUUUUGUCUUGUUGAUGUUUUUGAAACAAACUUGUUUUGUACUUUUGUCACAUCGAUGUCAAACCGAUUGAUUCUCAGUUCCUGGACUCAAACAUGAAACAUGAACUAAAUGAUUUCAGAGAAAGUUGAACUGUUUGUUAUGUUUGUUCUUUUCAUCCUGUUUGUUGAUGUUGAUGAAAAGUGUUUGUCCGACAGCAGGGGGCGCUGCAGCUUCAGCUCUGACUUAGAAACACUGUGAACUUUAAUUUAUUAUCUUUUAUCAUCAGAGCAGAGACGACUGUUAAUGUGGAAUAAAUUAUUUUAUGAUAAAA